AUGUUGGUCAACGAGGCAUUCCGACGAAGAAAGACUGGGUCUACGGCCACAGCUACGGACUACGCUGCCUACCUCACGGAAUAUGAAGGAGCCGAUACGGACGAGGAAGCCGACUUUGACCCUAGUGACCCGUUUGACGACGAAGACGAAGACCAGUUGCAGGACGUAACGCAGUUCCUUACAGACCAGGCUUUCUUGCACCAAGUCACCGGAGAAGACAUCUACGCCGAUAAUGCCCCAAAGACCCCAUCCAACCAGUUCCUUAUUGAGGACCGGUAUGCAGGACGCUUCAAGGCAUCCUUCCAGAUACCGGUGCAGCCAACGUCUCGACUGUCGGACACUUGGGAAGCCCUCCGCUGCUUAUGGAUCGAUACGUACCAAGGACCCCCGGACGUUGUUACCCACGAUGCAGGUACGAACUUCGCCUCAACGGAAUUUCAAACCGAGGCCAAGAUGCUAGGGAUUACCUGUAAGGAAGUCCCUAUUGAAGCCCAUUGGUCUAUCGGCAAGGUUGAACGGUACCACGGCCCUUUGCGACGAGCGUUUGAGAUUAUGUACGCAGAGCUCUCAAGCCAGGCAGACGCAGAUUCGAUCCUCGAACUAAGGGAUAUAUCACAAGCCUAUACGCAUUCAACGACAGGACUUGCACGCCUAGUCCUAACCUAUCUUCCCAUCGAACUACAGGAUAAGUACCCAAAGGGGACUAUCAUCCGGAUCGUCCGCCCUCUUUAUGGCAUUGCAGAAGCAGGCCUACAUUGGUUCGCAACAUACCACAAGCAUCAUAGGGAGCAGCUACGGAUGUCGACUUCAACGUUCGACCCAUGCCUCCUUAUAACGAACACGGACCCCAACCAAGCGUUUGGCAUAGUGGGCAUGCAGACGGAUGACACCUGA